AUGGCCCGCAUCCUGAUCACGGGUUCCACCGAUGGCUUUGGCCUUGAGGCUGCCCGUCAGCUCGUUGAGCGUAAACACACCGUCUAUCUUCAUGCGCGAAACCAAGAGCGCGCAGAGGAUGUCAAGAUCACAUGCCCUGGGGCUGCUGGUGUGCUCGUUGCGGACUUGACAAGCGUGGCCGAGACGCGCAAAUUGGCCGAGGAAGCCAACGAGAUUGGCACCUUCGACGCUAUCAUUCUUAAUGCCGGACUGCUUUACGGCCCCUUCCGCAAGACAGAGUCUGGCGUGCCAGCUAUGCCUUUCGUGAAUGUUCUCGCUCCCUACAUUCUCACAUGUCUCCUCAAACAACCUAAGCGUCUAAUCUUCAUCGGCUCUAUCCUCCAUCGGGAAGCCAAGACAAACCUAAAGGAUAUCUUCUGGUUAGAGCGCGGGGAGAAGGAGUUCCAGGACUUCCCCGCAUACUGCGAUUCGAAGCUCCAUGUUAUGCUUCUUGCGAAUGCGGUAUCAAAACGGUUCAAGGGCACUUCAGUCACCUCUGUCCACCCUGGAUAUGUUCCUACUAAGCUUGGAGGUGCAGGCGCUACCGAUAAGCUGGAGGAUGGUGUUGAGACAUACGUUAUGCUGGCCGAAGGUGAUUACGAUCAGAGUCUCACCGGUGUCUACUUUGUACCUAAGAAGCAAAUUGGUGAGCCUCUUCCAGAGACAACUCACGAGGAUCUCCAGGAAAUUGUUGUCAAGGCCUGCGAGGAUGUCACCGGUAUUAAGCUUGGAGCUUAA